AUGGAUCGACAGUCAGUGUAUACGCUCAGUCUGUUCGGCGAGUCGGCAGCAGCGGACGGCGAGGAAAGCAACAGGCAACUGCGGCAGAAGAUUACCAAGUUUGUGCUGGAAUUCCACCUAGACAGCAUCUACAUCUAUCGGUAAGGACAAGCGCAUGCGGGUACACGAUGCGGAACUUGACGCUCUUCCAGUGACCAGAUUAGAGAGAAUGUGCUGUCCAAACAGUACUACUGCGACAUCGACAUCGCCCACCUGAUCGCAUUCGACGAGGAACUCGCAGAUCGACUGAACAAUGAGCCGGCGGACAUCAUACCAAUCGUAAGAGCUACGAAGAAGAGAUAUACAAUCAGACUGAAAUGUUUUGCAGUUCGAAUCGGCGCUGAAGAAGUGCACACAACGCAUCCUCUACCCCUCACGAAGCGAAGAAGACCUCGCUCUUGCCAAAGCUCUACCAGAGCACCAGCUCCUCAUCCACUCCUCCGUUUCACAGACCUCAAUCCGUGGUCUUACCGCAACGAACGUCGCACACCUUGUGAGAAUACCUGGAAUUGUCAUCGGCGCCAGCACCCUCAGCUCAAAAGCCACAAAAGUCCACAUCCAGUGCAGAAAUUGCCAGCAUGAAUCUGAGGUCCUGGUUGCUUCAGGGUUCACUGGGCUGACUCUCCCGAGAACAUGCGGUCGCAACAAGGCUCCAGAUGACGGUGGUGACAAGUGUCCGUUGGAUCCGUACUUUGUCGUGCACGAGAAGUCCCAAUUCAUUGAUCAACAAGUAUUGAAGCUGCAGGAAGCACCGGAUGAUGUGCCCGUUGGCGAACUGCCCAGACACAUUCUUGUUAGCGCGGAUCGGUAUCUUGCGAACAGGGUAGUGCCUGGCUCAAGAUGUGUCGUCAUGGGCGUAUUCAGCAUCUACAACAGCCAGAAGAACAACAAGGGAGCGGUGGCAAUUAGAAAUCCGUACUUGAGGGCAAUCGGUAUUCAGACCGAUGUUUCGCACAACCAGGCCGGCGGAAUGGGCAUUCAGUUCAGCGAGGAGGAAGAACAAGAGUUCUUGGAGAUGUCGAGAAGGCCGGACAUUUACUCCCUGUUUGCGGACUGUGUUGCGCCAUCCAUCUACGGGAACAACGACAUCAAGAAAGCAAUUACCUGUCUGCUCAUGGGAGGCAGCAAGAAGAUUCUGCCAGACGGAAUGAAAUUGCGUGGAGACAUCAACGUUCUGCUGCUCGGAGAUCCUGGCACAGCCAAGUCGCAAUUGCUGAAAUUCGUUGAGAAAUGCUCGCCCAUUGCUGUCUACACAUCUGGCAAAGGAUCAUCGGCAGCUGGUCUUACUGCCAGUGUUCAACGCGACACCAACACGAGGGAAUUCUAUCUCGAAGGAGGAGCCAUGGUUCUCGCAGACGGUGGUGUGGUCUGUAUCGAUGAGUUUGACAAGAUGCGCGACGAGGAUCGGGUUGCCAUCCAUGAAGCCAUGGAACAGCAGACAAUCUCGAUUGCCAAAGCUGGAAUAACGACUAUUCUCAACUCCCGAACAUCCGUUCUUGCAGCCGCCAACCCAAUCUUCGGCCGGUACGACGAUCUGAAGUCUCCAGGCGAGAAUAUCGACUUCCAGACGACUAUCCUCUCGCGUUUCGACUUGAUCUUCAUUGUCCGGGACGACCACGACCGAAAUCGUGAUGAAACCAUUGCCAAGCACGUCAUGGGCCUGCACAUGGGUGGGCAAGGCGUGCAAGAACAAGCACACGCAGAGAUUCCCGUGGAGAAGAUGAAGAGAUAUAUUAGCUAUGCAAAGUCGCGAUGUGCGCCUCGACUUUCGCCGGAAGCCGCCGAGAAGCUAAGCUCGCACUUUGUUAGCAUCAGGCGUCAGGUUGCAAGGGCUGAGCAAGAUGCAAACCAGCGCUCAUCGAUUCCCAUCACUGUGCGUCAGCUUGAAUCGUUGGUCCGUAUCACGGAGUCGCUAGCAAAGAUCGAACUUCAGCCCAUUGCGACGGAGAAGCAUGUGGACGAAGCGAUACGAUUGUUUCUGGGCAGUACGAUGGAUGCGGUAAUGAGUGCCGGAGGCGACAGAUCAGCUGUGGGCAUGGGUGGUAAUCGCGAGCUGGUCGAAGAAGUUCACAAAGUUGAAGAGGAGCUGAGGAGAAGGUAUGUUCCUCCCGUUGCGACCGGAUCUUGGAUGCCUUGCUGACGUCUGUUGCAGAUUGCCUAUCGGGUAUACCUCUUCGCUGGCGACAUUACGCCGCGAAUUCGUGGAGCGCAAGAACUACAGCGAGCAAUCGCUUAAUCGCGCCUUGCAGAUUCUUGUCCGUCGCGAGAGCGUGCAGUUCAGAAGAGGCGGUACACUGGUGCAUCGUAGUGGUGUCUAG